AUGACAGCAUUCUGGACCAAACACCCUCCAAAACAGGGUCAAAGGUAUUCAGAUCUGUCUGUGGACCCUGAAUACAGUCAGAGGCUUCAGUAUCUGGGAGAUAAACAGCAGAACUGCACUGUCAGACUGAGUCAUGUGACAGAGAAAGAUGAACGCGAGUAUUACUUCAAAUUCACUACUAAUAAAAAUGGGAAAUACGUUGGCACUCCAGGAGUGCGUCUCUUUGUCACAGAUCUUCAGCUGGAGUCUCCUGAGAGAGUGACAGAGGGAGAUUCAGUCCGUCUGACAUGUAAAAGCAGCUGUAAACUGACUGACACACCAACAUUCAUCUGGUACAGAAACUCAGAGAGAUUGACUGAGAGAAGCAAUGAACUCCUGCUGAAGUCAGUCAGAAGAGAAGAUGCAGGCAGAUAUAGAUGUGCUGUACAUGGACACACACUUACAUCACCUGAGGUCUAUCUCAAUGUCACCUUUCCUAAAUAUCAGGAUUCCUCCAUGUAUGCAGCAAUACAGAUCGGAGCUACAUGUGCAGUUUUACUUCUCCUCUGCAUUCUCCUGUUCAUAAGUGCAAGAAAAAAGGCUGGAGUGUCAAACAACAGACAGAAUCAGGUUCAAGCUCCUCCACGCUCUGGCAGAGACUUCUACGAAAACGAUUCGUUUGAGAAUGUUUCAACUAUAUAACAUCAGAAAACCAUACAGAUGGGCUGAGAACAGUGCAGAAGACUACCAGAA